GUGAAAGUAAGUAUCAACGAUAGAGGCUGUAGCCUAACUAAAACAUCUGCUUUCAAUUUAACAACAGAAUAUUUCUUCAGACAUUGUAAGAGUGAACACAGCUGAUCUUCGCUCACAAGGAAAGAUCAUUGACAGAAUCUUCAUCAACGUCACCAAAAAGAAGAGAAACCAGAAGACAGAGUAUAAAUCAACCCCCAAUGAUGUCAUCCUCCAGUGAUCCAAUGACUGAGAGGCUUCUGUGUUCAAUCUGUCUGGAAGUGUUCAGUGAUCCAGUCAGCACUCCAUGUGGACACAACUUCUGUAAGAUCUGUCUCAGUACAUACUGGAACAACAGUCAAGACUGCAGAUGUCCAAACUGUAAUGAAACAUUCAAGCAGAGACCUGAUCUCAAGAUUAAUACAACACUCAGAGACGUUGUGGAUGAACAUAAGAAGAAAUGUCAUGAAGAACAAGCUGAAGUUGUGUGUGACAUCUGUAGUGAAGGAAAGCUGAAGGCUGUGAAGUCGUGUCUGGUGUGUCAGAGCUCUUACUGUGAAACUCACCUGGAGCCUCAUUUGAGAGUGUCAGGAUUACAGAAACACAAACUGAUGGAUCCUGUGAAGAAUCUGCAGGAUUAUAUAUGUCAGAAACAUGACAGACCUCUGGAGCUCUUCUGUAGAGAUGAUCACACACGUGUGUGUCUGUCCUGCGCUGAUGGAGAUCACAAGAACCACAACACCGUCUGCUUGGAAGAGGUGAAACAUAUGAAAGGCUGGAGACGUCAGAAAAAGUCUUCACCGGCUCUAAAUUUACAGUCACUGCUCUUUGAGAGAUCCGAAGCUCGUAUGUGGUUUAUUAUUUCUGUGGGAAUCUCUGUGCUGAUGUUCUUCUACUUUUCUUCUCCUACUGAUGUUGAGACUCUCAACAUUGAAAAACUCAGUGACGCUGUGUUGAAGUGGAUGCAGCAGUAUGCAGUGGAUGUGACUCUGGAUCCUGACACAGCUCAUCCUAAUCUCAUUCUGUCUGAUGAUGAGAAACAAGUGAGAAUUGGAGACAUUUAUCAUAAACUCCCAGACAACCCAAAGAGAUUUGAUACAUGUGUAAAUGUCCUGGGAAAGGAGGGAUUCUCAUCAGGGAGAUUUUAUUAUGAGGUUCAGGUGAAGGGAAAGAGUGAAUGGAGUUUAGGAGUGGCCACACAGUCUGUUAACAGGAAAGGGCAGAUCACACUGACACCAGAUGAUGGAUUCUGGACUGUGGUCCUGAGGAAUGAUUAUGACUAUAGAGGUGCUGCAGGUCCUGAUGUCUUUCUGUGUCUGAGAGUGAAGCCACAGAAGGUGGGUGUGUUUGUGGAUUAUGAGGAGGGUUUGGUCUCCUUUUAUGAUGUGGAGUCCAGAUCUCACAUCUUCUCUUUCAGUGGACAAUAUUUCACUGAGAAACUCUAUCCAUUUUUUAGCCCAGAACCAAACAAUAAAGGGAAAAACUCAGAGCCGUUGAUCAUCACACCUGUCAGUAAAUAAAUUAGCAAAUAAUUCAGAUAGAAAUGACAUUUGAAAUAACAUUAAUGCAUCUGGCAGACACUUCUUUCCAAAGGGGCUUGCAGUUCAUUUAGUCUAUGUCUUUUAUAAAACUGUAUAUACUGUAUGUACUGUAUGUAAAAGAACACAACAGAGAGCUCAUAUUUACUCACUAAGAAACGUUAUGCAUGUAUCACUCCAUAUACCUGAACUAAUGUAAAAAGAGCUAACGGAGCUAAAUUAACACAAUGCUUUUCAUAUUUUAAAAUGUAAAAAAAAUAAGUAAAACAUAAUUAUCUUAUUUACUUUAUCUAGUCCUGUUUUUCAGCUUUUGACAUUGGUGCAUAUUCUGAUAAUGGUGUUCUGAUAAAUUUUCUUGUAGGUUAUUGGCACAUUAACUUUAUAACACUUAGAGAAAAUAUUUUGUUUCAAUUAAUUAUUAUAAGGAACUUGUGUGUACUGUUUAAUGUUUUGUUUUCCUAACAUUUACUGUACCUUUAAAGGUAUAGGUAUACCCAAACACUUACGAUAUUUUAUGUUUUGUGCCUGUGGAGAACCAAAAAGAAACACUUAAGGGUACCACCCCAGUGACCGCUAUUGUACCUUAAAAAGUAGUUCUGUACUUUUUUUCUGACAGU